GUUCCGCCCUGUUACAGAAACACGACUUCCUGCUGUGCACAGACCCGUCACUCUGUUAUUCGAGCUAUUUGAGAUCUGCAAGUCUCUACAGGACGAAGGCCUCAUGGCGGAUAAGGAGUGCGCAGUUCCUGUGACUGAGGAGGAGGAUGAGCGUGAUCUGAACUACCAGCCUCCAGCUCAGAAGAGCCUGCAGGAGAUCCAGGAGCUUGAUAAGGAUGACGAAAGUCUGAACAAGUACAAGCAGACUCUGCUGGGAUCAGGACCUGUAGUAUCAGAUCCCAGUGUUCCUAAUGUUCAGGUGACGAGACUGUCGCUGAUAUGUGAUCAAGCUCCUGGACCCAUCACGAUGGAUUUAACAGGUGACCUUGAGGCUUUGAAGAAACAGAACUUCACCAUGAAGGAGGGCGUGGAUUACCGAGUGAAGAUCCACUUUAAGGUCAACAAGGAGAUCGUGUCUGGGCUGAAAUACGUGCAUCUGACUUACAGGAAAGGAAUUCGAGUGGAUAAAGCCGUGUACAUGGUGGGCAGCUAUGGGCCACGGGUGGAGGAGCACGAGUUCCUCACCCCGGUAGAGGAGGCUCCCAAGGGCAUGAUCGUCCGAGCGAACUACCACAUCAAGUCCUACUUUACGGACGACGACAAAACGGACCACCUGUCCUGGGAGUGGAACCUGCAGAUCAAGAAGGAUUGGGACAGCGCCGAGUAAACAGGCUGCGUCCCAAACGCGCCUGCGCCACGCGCACAGGGCCGAGCGCAUGUAGGAAAGGCGCACGGAGAAUGGGGUUUGGAUCAGGGUUGGGUUCAAAAAAAUGGCUGAUGCAAAUUUACAGUACUUCAAAGGGAUGUUAAUGAAAUAGAACACAACACAAAGCAAGGCAUUAAGCGGAGACUCAUUUGCUAAAGAACACGCUGUAUAAACAACAGAGAUAAAUUCCUCGUGCCCGUACGUACGCUCAGGUUAGUCCGUGUCUCUCUGAACUGUAAAAUGUGUGUAAUUAUGAUGUCUGUAAUUCUUGCGAUGCAUUUAAAAAAAAAAAAAAAAAGUUCCUGCCGGAGCUCGAGAGCAGAACCGUGCAUGCCUCAGUGUGAAGCGAUUGUGCAAGUGGCUAGAAUUCUGUCCUGACGCUGUCAUCAGACAUUUGUGAAAACCUGCUGGGUCCAGACUUGUGUUCCAAUACUGGUUUUAACACACCCUUGUUGACUUUCCUGAAUGUGUAGGAAGGAGCAGAUUUUUGAAACAGAAUUCGCUUGACCUUGAAGCACAAUGUCACUGAACUAUGACCGAUGUACUGCUAAAUUGACUCGCUGGCUCGCUAAGGGAGGAAAUUUACAUCAGGGGUCAGGAAUGCAAUAUUGCAAAACAGAAAACCCAAUUUUGAAUGGAAAGCUGAUAUAUGGCCAAAUAUGAACAUGUACUCUUUUGUGUGUGUGUGGGAGGGGAGUCAAAUAAAAAAGUGCCCUAACAGCAGAGAGAUUUCAUUUUAGUAUAAUUUGAAGAAUUCCUUUCAAAAUCAAGAACCGUUCAUCAUCCAAACAACGUUGGUAUGUCAAAAAGGACAAGACAACUUUUUUCUUUUAAUAUCUAUAAAUAUCUUACCUUCAACUCAUGUCUCAGUGAUGUGGCAUUUGAAAACGAGUUGACUCAAAGAAAGAUUCGACUCUUUUUGCUGAAGGUUCAGAGCCGACUCGAAAACAUGAGCCUUUUUUUUUCUUUUUUUUUUUUGGGAGAUGUAUUCAAGGCAUUACUUUUACAGCGUAAUGUUAAUCUUUGUAACAUCUGAGCCGUUUCUUAGCGUGAAUUCAAAACAUUAACAAAGUGGUCAAAAUAUUUUUGCGAAAGACUUGACUUUUUUUUUUCCUGAGCUGAGUCAAAUGAUUUGAUUUGCUGAAAAGAGAUGGAAUUUCAAUCACUCAUGCUUGAAUCCCUUGAAGGGUAAACUCUCAUACUGUUAGUUAGUUAGACGUAGAACCAAGAAACAUAUUCAGAGAACCUUCUUCCUGAAGUGUACAGACAGUCAGUGUUGUGAACAUAAAUGUACAGACAAUUAAUGUAUACUGUAGAUAUGAAUAAUACUGUAUAAGGUAAUACCGAUGAAUGGGUUACUACAGUUUAUGCAUAUGACUAAUCUUUUUAUUAAUAGGUUAUUAUCAGGCAUAAGCUUGUUGUAAAACAGGAAGUUGGUUGAAUAUGUUUUGGUUUUUCUUCACUUAUUUGACACUAGAGUUCUACUCAGGGCGUGUAAUUCAAUCACUAAAAAUCUGCAGAAUUUAGAAAAUGACUCCAUGGAAAAAUGAAAAUGAUUCUAAUUCAUGAUUAUAAAUAACACGAUAAAUGUAGUUUUAAUUAGUUUUCAAAAUUCAACCUGUGUAUAAACAUCAUAUAAUCAUAUAUUGUCAUGGUGAAAAUAAAUAUCCCAUAUUUAACAUCUUUUCAACAUACUGUAUAUAUCUAUACAUCCAGUCAAGUGCAUAAAUGUGCUCUUUUCAAAUAGUUCACUCAACUGGGUGUGUCAUGUAGCGGAACUCCAUAUAUGGCCACGUAUCAGAUUUCCAUUAGAGACAUCAGAUUUCUAUUUUUGAAAUAUUCUCGACUCUGUCGCUCCUGUUUAUAUUUAUAACCAGCUUCAUCCUGCUUUUUUUUUAAUUUUUAUUUUUAACAUGACAUCAUGUCUAAGUGCAUUGUGGGUAAAUUCUGCUCCUGAAUCCGACACCAAAGUCCACCUCAACUUUCAACACUUGAUAGUUCAUCUGAGAAAGGAAAUGUCCAAGGGUACAUUAGAAACAAUAUUGGAACGCAGCCCAGUACUGACUUUAGACGAUGUAACGUGUGCUAAAUUUCACUUGUGCCAGAGUUUUUACAGGUUGCGUGCAGUUAAUUAACGCUCUUAAUUAAAUCCAAACCAAAUCAUUUGUUCAAGUUCCAAGCUUUUGUCUGCUUUCUUUGCUCUUGCAGCGUCAAGGAUCUUCUUAUAACUCUUCACCUUGAUGAUAUUGUCAAAAAAAAAUUUGAUCCCAUUUUUCAUUAAAGUCAUCAUGUACCUCUGCGUGGCCUCAUGUCCUAAAUCAUUGAAUAUAAACUGUCACAUUGUGCCAAGCUGUGAAAUAUUCCAUGAAAAAUCAAUCACAUGACACCAGAGGACAACAUUUUAAAAAUAAACAUGUUCAAGAAUAUAUAUAAUGUUUCAUGAUCCAUGAAUCACUUUUUUUUUUUAAAUAUGUCCCCAGUCAAAAAAUUAAAUAUCUCUUCAAUUAAAAAACAAAACAAAAGAUUAUUCCCACUUGCUUUUCUAAAAUUAUUUUACUAUUUUCAUAACUAGAUGUAAUCCUGAAUGUCUGUAAACUGCAUGUUCAUUUUUGAUGCAAAUUUAAAACUUUUUUUUCUCCCUUUUCAUUCUUAUCUGGAGAAAUAUUGAAAGCAGGGAUUCAGUGAUGGUACGAGUCUGGUCUUGGGCUUGUGAUUUCGUGGCUCAAAGAUCAACAUUCAUGGUUUAUUGUACGUAUUAUCCUGCAUCUUGCAUUUUUACAAAAAAAAAGUCAACCAAUAAAGCUUGGCUUCAUCCA